UUUACGAGGUGUCCUGAAUGCCUCAGGAAGUUGUCAGCGGGGAAGCUUCAAGAUGGUGAAAUUUGGACUGCAGUUUAAAGCCACCCUGGAGAACGUCACCAAUGUUAGACCAUUGGGGGACGACUUCCGCUGGUUCCUGAAGCUCAAGUGUGGAAACUGUGGAGAAAUUCCAGAUAAAUGGCAGUAUGUAACUCUGGUGGAGAGUGUGCCACUCAAGGGAGGACGAGGAAGCGCCAGCAUGGUGCAGAAGUGUAAACUCUGUUCCAGGGAAAAUUCCAUCGAUAUUCUGGGAGACACAAUCACACCUUACAAUGCCGAGAACAGCGAAACCUUCAAGACGAUGGUGCAGUUCGAGUGUCGAGGCCUGGAGCCCGUUGAUUUCCAGCCACAAGCUGGCUUUGCUGCAGAAGGAGCCGAGUCUGGAACGCCGUUUCCUGAAAUCAACCUGCUAGAAAAAGACUGGACCGACUACGAUGAGAAAAUUAGUGAGUCUGUGGGGAUAUAUGAGGUCACACACCAGUUCAUCAAGUGCUGAUAUCACCAUGCAUUGAGCCUUAGAGGAACACUGCAGGAAAACUUCCUCUGCCCCAAUUCCUGGCGACGGGGAAUGCCUCGACACGGAGAUGUGAUCGGCGCUUUGGUUGACGACGAACAUUAAGGUGUGCGGAUUAAGGCAACAGGUUGUUGUACACGUGUCUUGGAUUGAUCAACAUACUAAGAGGAUGUUUUUUUUUUUUUGUUUUUUUUUUCAGUCCCUCAAUAAAAAUGAAGGAUGAACAUUUUGAAUUGAGGUUUUUCUUUGCUUUUGCUCCUCAAACAGUAAUACAAGACUGACGAUGUGUAGUAU